AUGCCUGGUAUCAAAGGACAAGUGUUAGAGCCACUAAGCACAGGGGACGCCUCAAGCUCUGCUUCCACCGCUUCCAAUCGGUCACGGAACAGGACUCGCUAUCGGACCAAAGCCAUGAACUCUGAGGUAGAUGAGAGCCUCUUUGGAGGUGUCAAGCCCUCAUCGGUUGCUUCUCACCUGAAACCUUUCAUUUCAGUGGCCCAUGAAUUUGCAGAUUCUUCCGUCUUGGCGUAGUAUGGGGAGGAGAGGAGGGGAGGGAGUUUGGAGCCUGCUUUCCUCCCUAAGGCUGGUCAUUCCUAUGUCAGUGUUCCCACAGAGGACCCCUCUGGAGAAUCUCUAAUCAUCAGCCCCGAGGAGUUUGAGCGGAUCAAAUGGGCAUCCCAAGUCCUGACCAAAGAAGAACUGAAUGCCAGAGAACAGGCCCUCAAGAAGGAGAAGGAAGCCAUCUUGGAAGCUGUCACAAUUCGCAAGAAGAUCAUGAAGCAGAAGGAGAUGGCUUGGAACAAUAACAAGAAACUCAGUGACCUGGAGGAGGUGGCCAGGGAGCGGGCCCAGAACCUCCUGCAGAGAGCCAACAAGCUCCGCAUGGAGCAGGAGGAGGAGCUCAAGGAUAUGAGCAAGAUUAUUCUGAAUGCCAAGUGCCACGCAAUCCGGGAUGCCCAGAUCCUGGAGAAGCAGCAGAUACAAAAGGAAUUGGAUGAAGAGGAGAGGCGGUUGGAUCACAUGAUGGAAAAAGACCGGCAGGAAUCCCUCCAAAGGCAGGAGGAUCGGGAAAGGAAAAGAAGGGAGGAGAGAGUACGGGGAAAACGUCACAUUGUGGAGCAGAUAAAGAAGAACGAAGAGGAGAGAUCGCUGGAGGCUGAGCACCGUGAACAGGAGAAGGAGCAGAUGCUGGCAUACCUGGACCGGCUCCAGGAGGAGGAUUUGCAGGAUCUGGAACGAAGACAUCAGGAAAAACUGAAGAUGCAAGCUGAAAUUAAACGUAUCAAUGAUGAAAACCAGAGACAGAAAGCAGAGUUGCUGGCACAGGAGAGACUGGCAGACCAAAUGGUGAUGGAAUUUACCAAGAAGAAGAUGGCUCGAGAGGCAGAGUAUGAAGCUGAGCAGGAGAAAAUCCGGAGGGAGAAAGAGAAGGAGAUCGCCCGCCUGAGGGCCUUGCAGGAGAAGGCGCAGGAUUAUCAAGCAGAGCAGGAUGCCUUGAGGGCCAAGCGCAACCAGGAGGUUGCAGAUCGAGAGUGGCGCCGAAAGGAAAAGGAAAACGCGCAGAAGAAGAUAGAGACGGAGGAAAAGCUGCGCAAAAGCCGGUUGGAGCAGGUGGCAUUCAAGGAACACACGCUGGCCGUUCAGGUUCAGCGGGACCGAGAUGAGUUCGAGAGGAUCCUUCGUGCUCAGAGAGAACAGAUUGAGAAGGAGAAGCAGGAGCAGGAGAAGAAGGCCAAGGGGUGCCUCCAGCAUGCCAACGAGCUCCGACGGCAGGUGCGUGAGAACCAGCAGAAACAUGUGCAGAACCGGCUUGCUACCUUCGAAGAGGGCCGCCGCCUCAAGGAAGAAGCUGAGAAGCGCCGUGAGCGCAUUGAGGACAUCAAGAAACAGAAGCUGGAAGAGCUGAGAGCCACCGGCCUUCCUGAGAAGUACUGCAUCGAAGUUGAGCGUAAAGCCAACAUCCUGCCAGCCACUUCUGUCAACUGACGGGGAGCCUCAAUGGUCUCUGGGAGAGCACGGAUUCAGCUUGGUCUCCGAGGCA